AUGGAGCCCUCGAGCUCGCGCGAGCCACCAUGGGCAGAGCAUGAAAAGGCCGAUCGGUUCGCUCCAGCCAGAUGGCAUUUGACAGUCUCGCAACCAAUUUCGUCGCGCCUGGACAAGAUUACCGACGCCCUCAGCUACCUGCCCCAAUGGUAUAUCCUGCGCCCGACCUCUCGAGAAAACGACCCCAUCAGCAAGAAGCCUCCACGCCCAUUGGCCGCCUACUACAACCUCGACCCCCUCAUUCCUACCCUGGAGAUUUUAUGCCUGCCGGCCCUGCCUACACAUCUACUAUAA